GCGUUCAGACCUGUCAAGCGCGGUGAACGUCACUGAGGAUGUGCCUUCGAACAUCUCCUUGCCAGCUGUGCGCAGUUCCGAGCCCCUGGACACUCACCCGGCGCCCCAAACUGUGCAGAAUCAUAUCUACAAGCUGGAGUCUGACCUCGGUGACCCCUCCCAGGAAGCUUUCAGACUGGAUCAGGAGCUGCUGGCCCGCGGCUGGGACGCGAAGAGAUAUCCCUGGCGCAUGAUCCAGCAGGGCGCAUCUCGUAAGGCCAUACUCUACGGAACCGCUCUGGCGCAGCAGAUGAUUUGGGAUCAUCAACAUCCAAGAAGAGACUGUCGCGACGUCAAGAUCUUGAUAUUUCGGACGGGACCUGGUGGAAUUGGGUCAAUGUUGCAUCAACUUGGUCAGGCCUUGGCUUUGGCCAUGGAGUUGGACAGAGUGCUAGUGGUCCCUGUGAAGGAUACACUGCUUCAGUACUAUGACAAGAGAUUUUGCCCUGGUGCCCACAGCUGGCAGUGCUGGCUCCAAGAGAUAGGUCUCUGCGCGGAUGUGCAUGGGGAUGUCAUGAAAGUAGACAACACUCAGACUUCCCGGCCUGUGCCCGCACGCUUUCAUGAGAUGUUGGCACAGUCUCCCAUCAAGAAGGACUUUUGGGUUUACUGGUGGCGGGCUCAAUCCAUCACGUAUCUACUUCGCUUUCAGGAACGGACGAGGCAUGCUAUUGACAAGUUGAGAUCUGAGUCCUUGGUCUCCUGUGGCCAGCAUGCAAAUUCCUCCGGCGUGCUGGCUGCUGGAAGCAUGGCGACCUUUGUGCGUCAUGGCUUGAAAAAGCAGGAGAGGGUGGUGGAGCACGACCUGGGCGACUACGUUCGCGAGAUGCAGCGGCUUGCAGCGGGGCGCCAGGAUUUGCGGAUCUUGCACCGCGAGGUGGCUGAGAGCAACGCCAGCUUUCAGUAUCCAGCUGAGUCCUUUGCAGCACGAAAUAUCUUUGUAUCAACGGAUGACCCUGCUGUGAUCAAAGCGACCCGGAAGCUGUGUAAGCGGGGGUGGAACGUGACGUAUGUUGAGAAGAAGCGAGCAAACUACGAUCCCUGGAUGCAUUUGAGACCGGGCAAGGCAGCCAGAACAGAAGUCUUGUCGGCGUUCAUGAACCUCGAAUUGGCCUUGGAGUCAGACGCUUGGGUGUGCACCCUCUCUUCCAACUGGUGCCGCCUGAUCGACGAGCUUCGCAUGACAGCUGCGGCGAAAGCUUCUCAACCCUUUCUGAACCUGGAGAAGGGGCUCUUCGUCCAUGUCUCGAACCUCGCUGGCGAAGAGCUUUGCUCCGUGGAAGUGCCGGAAAACACGAAGAGCUGUGAUCUCAAGGGCACCAUUAGCCGCCAGUUGGGGCUUUAUCCGUACGCCUUCAAGCUCAUCACCUUGAUAUCUGGGGCCACCGUGGGAGGAGGUGGUUUCGUCUCGUCGAUAUCGCAGGAUGGUCGAUUGGACUUGACGCUGGUGAAAAUCGAUGGCAUUCCGACGCCGGAUUCUCGCGGCUACUUGCAACUACAACCCGAAUGGGGCGAGUCCGCAGCACCUUCGGGCGGUCGGACCCGAUGUGCGACGCGGGUGUUGGCGUUUCUUGCUACUUUGGCCGCUGCGAUCUUCAUGUUGGAUGGAUCCUACUGCGGUCUACUUCUCGUUUAUGCAGUCUACCUCCUCGAGGCCUUGUUUCUGAACCCCACAGCACGGGGGCUUCUCCGUCUGAAACACACGGACGACAUCGUGGACUACAUCGAGGAGGUGAAGGCCUGUCGUCCUAUUCCGGAAGUGCAGGCACGCUGUUACCACCACGAGAGGCGGACACGAGUGGUAAGGAAGCCGGACGGCAGCACGAAAACAGUAGUUUACACCAAGCGAGUGGACACCGCCACAUUCACCGAGCGUCUGCAAGUGCGGCGCUGGGCCGACAUGUCGGGUGAGGUCGUCGAGGGCUUGAGCUACUUUCCUCUUCUUCAAGUCCAUUUCGAGCUGAAAUGGCAGGCGGCGGAUGACGAGACGCGCAGGACUCACGAGCAGCAGCAGCAUCAACUGCGUCUUAGGGCAGCAAAUGCAGAUGCGUCUUACGACAUCACCAAGCGCCUGAGUCUCGUCGACCCGGCUGGGCAUCCGUUCACGCUCUACUCGGACAUGAUUGGCACGACCGGACAUCGGCUUCCGCGCUGCUUGGGCUUCUGGCCUUACGUGGUGUCGAGCCUGUUCGGGCUCAGCUGGCCUUACCGCUACUGGCUCGGCAAGCACGCUGUGAAAGAUCCGAACCAGCUGGAACUUGUCGGCUUCCUUCUGAUCUACCGCAGCCGAUGGGUUCCUGGGAUGCCGCUGCAGAUCUCGGUGACAGGGAUGGGUCUUGACCGCGACGACGAAGUCCAAGGUCUUCUGUGCAGCCAGCCGCACACGGUGCGCAUCGUCCUGUCUACCACGCUGAUCUGCGCGCCUUCUGCUGGGGCCGAUUCAGAAGCUUGCCCUACCUGCAGGUCCGAGAACGGAAGGGCUGCGGACGACCUCGCCCUGCUGCAGCAUCACCUCUCUUCGGAUGAGGUUCAAGGCUGGCCUCGGAGGGCUCGUCGGAAGAGACGUCCCAGGAUGCAGCGCCGUGUCAAGGAAUACUACAGCCACGACAACGGCGACAACAUACCAGACAACCCCACCACGACUGCGGACUUGCCCCCCGACGUGCCGGUGCCCACGGUGCCAGUGACCACGACGACCGCGACGACCACCACGGCGGCUCCCAUGUGGAUUCUGGGUGAUCUGCACGACACCUGCAACGACCUUUGCCAGUUUAACGGCUACGGCGGCUGUGGGGCUGAUGAGAUCGCCGAGCUCGACACAGCUGCAAAAGUUGAGGAUCAGAUUCUGAACACAACUGGUCAGACGUGCUCUACUAUGCCGACCAGAAGCUACGGUGCUUUCUUCGAUCCAGACGCCAUGAAUCCAGGGACAGGCAAGUGCUUUUACGUCAGCGGGACUGUCGACUGCGAUCGCAACGACAAAAACUACGAGCAGCCCCUGUGCUUCUGCAACGGGACGACCGUUACGACCACUCCGGAUGCUGGGUGGCUGGUCGCAGAACUCCACGACACGUGCAAUGAUUUUUGCCACUUCAAUGGUUUUGAUGGCUGCAACGCAAACCGGAUUCAAGAAAUCAACCGACAUCCGAGGGCGACACGCUUGCUCGAGGGUCUGGGGUACAAUUGCAGUUCGACAGUCGCCGCCCGCGACGCUGGGAUCUUCUUCGAUCCUCCCGGUACGCCGGGAACAGCCGGUAAGUGCUUCUACACUAGCGGCACUGUUGACUGCGACGUCAACACGAAGCCCUAUGAGAAGCCGGUGUGCCAAUGUAGCACCGUGACUACUGCAACAACGACUCCAGACGCUGGGUGGCUGGUCGCAGAACUCCACGACACGUGCAAUGAUUUCUGCCACUUCAAUGGUUUUGAUGGCUGCAACGCAACCCGGAUUCAGGAGAUCAACCGACAUCCCAGGGCGACACGCUUGCUCGAGGGUCUGGGGUACAAUUGCAGUUCGACAGUCGCCGCCCGCGACACUGGGAUCUUCUUCGAUCCUCCCGGUACGCCGGGAACAGCCGGUAAGUGCUUCUACACAAGCGGCACUGUUGACUGCGACGUCAACACGAAGCCCUAUGAGAAGCCGGUGUGCUACUGCAGCACCGUGACAACUGCAACAACGACUCCAGAUGCCACCCGUUGGCAGCUCGGUGGGCUUGGUGAGACGUGCGACGACGUGUGCACCUUUGGUUGCAACGAGGCUAUGAUGGCGGAGAUCAACCGACAUCCCCGGGCGACGCGCUUGCUCGAGGGUCUGGGGUACAAUUGCAGUUCGACAGUCGCCGGCCGCAGCUACGGGAUCUUUUUCGAUCCUCCCGGCACGGCGGGGACAGCCGGUAAGUGCUUGUACGCGAGCGGCCCUGUUGACUGCGGUCGCAACGACAAGAGCUACGAGCAGCCCUUGUGCUACUGCAACCCGCCCCCCCCGUGA